CAUCAGCUAAGUUGAUUAGUGGCAUGCAGGUUCCUCAGAUAAGCGGAACGAUUCCAGCGCACCAGGGAGGUUUCUGCCCGGAAUUUAAGAGCCGCUUCCGUUGCUCAGCGGAAGUGUGGGUCGCAAGAGGACAGACUCUUGGAAGAAUCCGCUGUCGGCUGAGCGCACAACCGGAAUCAUGUCGAGUUUGGCGGUGAGAGACCCGGCAAUGGAUCGAUCACUGCGUUCCGUGUUCGUGGGGAACAUUCCGUAUGAGGCGACUGAGGAGCAGUUAAAGGACAUUUUCUCAGAGGUUGGUUCUGUUGUCAGUUUCCGGCUGGUUUACGAUCGAGAGACUGGGAAACCCAAGGGUUAUGGCUUCUGCGAGUACCAAGACCAGGAAACCGCUCUUAGUGCCAUGCGGAACCUCAAUGGGCGGGAAUUCAGCGGCAGAGCGCUUCGGGUGGACAAUGCUGCCAGUGAAAAGAAUAAGGAAGAGUUAAAGAGUCUAGGGCCCGCAGCGCCCAUCAUUGACUCGCCUUAUGGGGACCCUAUCGAUCCAGAAGAUGCCCCUGAAUCCAUUACCAGAGCAGUCGCCAGUCUUCCUCCAGAGCAAAUGUUUGAGCUGAUGAAGCAGAUGAAGCUCUGUGUCCAAAAUAGCCACCAGGAAGCUCGAAACAUGUUACUUCAAAACCCCCAGCUGGCUUAUGCGCUGUUGCAGGCGCAAGUGGUGAUGAGGAUCAUGGAUCCAGAGAUUGCCCUGAAAAUUCUGCAUCGCAAGAUUCAUGUCACACCACUGAUCCCAGGCAAAUCUCAGUCUGUCUCUGGGCCGGGACCUGGCCCUGGGCUCUGCCCAGGACCUAAUGUUCUUCUGAACCAGCAGAAUCCUGCACCUCAGCCUCAGCAUUUGGCUAGGAGACCUGUGAAGGACAUUCCUCCUCUGAUGCAGACUCCUAUCCAGGGUGGAAUUCCAGCUCCAGGUCCAAUACCAGCUGCCGUUCCUGGACCUGGUCCUGGUUCUUUAACUCCUGGAGGAGCAAUGCAGCCCCAAGUUGGAAUGCCAGGGGUUGGCCCAGUGCCUUUAGAGAGAGGACAAGUACAGAUGUCAGACCCGAGAGCUCCUAUACCUCGUGGACCCAUGACUGCUGGUGGCCUGCCUCCUCGAGGACUGUUAGGAGAUGCUCCAAAUGACCCACGUGGAGGGACUUUGCUUUCAGUCACUGGAGAAGUAGAGCCUCGAGGUUAUCUGGGCCCACCCCAUCAGGGUCCCCCCAUGCAUCAUGCCUCUGGUCAUGAUGGCCGUGGCCCUUCCUCACAUGAGAUGAGAGGAGGGCCAUUAGCAGAUCCCAGGCUGCUAAUUGGAGAGCCCAGGGGACCCAUGAUUGAUCAAAGGGGGCUCCCUAUGGAUGGUAGAGGCAGCAGAGACUCUCGAGGGAUGGAGACUCGAGCCAUGGAAACUGAGGUCUUGGAGACACGAGUAAUGGAGAGAAGAGGAAUGGAGACCUGUGCGAUGGAAACCAGAGGGAUGGAAGCAAGAGGCAUCGAUGCAAGAGGAUUGGAGAUGAGGGGCCCUGGCCCCAGUUCCAGAGGCCCUAUGACUGGCGCAAUCCAGGGUCCUGGUCCCAUUAAUAUAGGAGCAGGUGGUCCUCAGGGACCCAGACAGGUCCCGAGCAUUUCAGGGGUGGGGAAUCCUGGAGCUGGCAUACAGGGGGCAGGCAUACAAGGAGGAGGAAUGCAGGGAGCAGGCAUACAAGGAGGAGGAAUGCAGGGAGCAGGCAUACAAGGAGGAGCAAUGCAGGGAGCAGGCAUACAAGGAGGAGCAAUGCAGGGAGCAGGCAUACAAGGAGGAGCAAUGCAGGGGGCAGGUAUACAAGGAGGAGCAAUGCAGGGGGCAGGUAUACAAGGAGGAGCAAUGCAGGGGGCAGGUAUACAAGGAGGAGCAAUGCAGGGGGCAGGUAUACAAGGAGUGGGCAUGCAGGGGGCAAGUAAGCAAGGUGGAGGCCAACCUAGCAGUUUUAGUCCUGGGCAGAGCCAGGUAACUCCACAGGAUCAAGAAAAGGCAGCUUUGAUCAUGCAGGUUCUUCAGCUGACUGCAGAUCAGAUUGCCAUGCUACCUCCUGAGCAAAGGCAGAGUAUCCUCAUUUUAAAGGAGCAAAUCCAGAAAUCCACUGGAGCUUCUUAAAAGGUUAUAGAAUAUAUUUGUUUUUAGACUCAGAAAGUUCAUUCUGUAGCAUGAAGAAUGGUUGCAAAAGGUGAUUCUGUGUCCCACACUUGAAUUGUCAGGGUUUCCCUCCUCCUAGAAUUUAAUCUUAUUUCUCAUUGUCUUAUUUCUUUGUUUUUUUUUUAUUUUUUAUUGAGGGUGGGGGGAGGAGAAAGUGGGUCUGUUCACUUUAAGUCAUUAUAUAUAGGCAAAAAUAGCUCUGAACAUGAUUAUAUUACACCAUUUAAGAUUACAAAAUAUGCAGCAAUAUUAAAGUGUCUGUAACAUGUUAACUACAUUUUUAAAAUGUUCAGUAAAACUAUGUGAAAACUGCACAUAAAGACUAAAAGGUGACCUGUUAAAAUGGUAAUGUACUAAGAUAGUUUUAAGACUUUUGGUUGUAUAGCAAAAUAAAAAAAAAGUUUACC